AUGAGGCCGCGGCCCGACGGUCGGGGGCUCCGGGCGGGAGCCGCGCUGUCGCCCGCGCUGCUGCUGCUGCUGCUGCUGCCGCCGCCGCCGCCGCUGCCGGGACGCCUGUGGGCGGCGGGCACACCCGCGCCGGCGACGCCCGGGGCUCGGCAAGACGGCGCGCCCGGCUCGGGCCGCGUCAAGCGCGGCUGGGUGUGGAACCAGUUCUUCGUGGUGGAGGAGUACACGGGCACCGAGCCCCUGUACGUGGGCAAGAUCCACUCGGACUCGGACGAGGGUGACGGGGCCAUCAAGUAUACCAUCUCAGGCGAGGGCGCUGGGACCAUCUUCCUGAUUGAUGAGCUGACGGGAGACAUCCAUGCCAUGGAGCGCCUGGACCGGGAGCAGAAAACGUUCUACACGCUGCGGGCUCAGGCCCGGGAUCGCGCCACCGACCGCCUGCUGGAGCCUGAGUCGGAGUUCAUCAUCAAGGUCCAGGACAUCAACGACAGCGAGCCCCGCUUCCUGCACGGCCCCUACAUUGGCAGCGUGGCUGAGCUCUCACCCACAGGCACGUCGGUGAUGCAGGUGAUGGCCUCGGAUGCGGAUGACCCCACGUACGGCAGCAGCGCUCGGCUGGUGUACAGCGUGCUGGACGGCGAGCACCACUUCACCGUGGACCCCAAGACCGGCGUGAUCCGGACGGCCGUGCCCGACCUCGACCGCGAGAGCCAGGAGCGCUACGAGGUGGUGAUCCAGGCCACAGACAUGGCGGGCCAGCUGGGCGGCCUCUCGGGCUCCACCACCGUCACCAUUGUGGUCACCGACGUCAACGACAACCCACCCCGCUUCCCGCAGAAGAUGUACCAGUUCAGCAUUCAGGAGUCGGCCCCCAUCGGCACGGCUGUGGGACGAGUGAAGGCCGAGGACUCAGACGUGGGCGAGAACACAGACAUGACUUACCACCUCAAGGAGGAGAGCGGCAGCGGCGGCCAUGUGUUCAAGGUCACCACGGACAGCGACACUCAGGAGGCCAUCAUUGUAGUGCAGAAGCGCCUGGACUUCGAGUCCCAGCCCGUGCACACCGUGGUCCUGGAGGCCCUCAACAAGUUCGUGGAUCCCCGCUUCGCUGACUUGGGCACGUUCCGCGACCAGGCGAUCGUGCGCGUGGCCGUGACCGACGUGGACGAGCCCCCCGAGUUCCGGCCGCCCUCCGGCCUCCUGGAGGUGCAGGAGGACGCGCAGGUGGGCUCCCUGGUCGGCGUGGUGACGGCGCGGGACCCCGACGCCGCCAACCGGCCCGUCCGGUACGCCAUUGACCGUGACUCGGAUUUGGAUCAGAUCUUUGAUAUCGAUGCGGACACGGGCGCCAUCGUGACGGGCAAGGGGCUGGACCGCGAGACCGCGGGCUGGCACAACAUCACGGUGCUGGCCAUGGAGGCUGACAAUCAUGCCCAGCUCUCCCGGGCAUCCCUAAGGAUCCGAAUCCUGGAUGUGAACGACAAUCCCCCGGAGCUGGCCACCCCCUACGAGGCAGCGGUGUGCGAGGAUGCCAAGCCAGGACAGCUUAUCCAGACCAUCAGCGUGGUGGACAGAGACGAGCCUCAGGGCGGGCAUCGCUUCUAUUUCCGCCUGGUGCCUGAAGCACCCAGCAACCCUCAUUUCUCCCUGCUUGACAUCCAAGACAACACAGCAGCGGUGCACACACAGCACAUGGGCUUCAACCGGCAGGAGCAGGAUGUGUUUUUCCUGCCCAUCCUGGUGGUGGACAGCGGGCCGCCCACCCUGAGCAGCACGGGCACGCUCACCAUCCGCAUCUGCGGCUGCGACAGCUCCGGCACCAUCCAGUCCUGCAACACCACAGCCUUCGUCAUGGCCGCCUCCCUCAGCCCAGGCGCCCUCAUUGCCCUCUUGGUCUGUGUCCUCAUCCUGGUCGUGCUGGUGCUGCUGAUCCUCACCCUCAGGCGCCACCACAAGAGCCACCUGAGCUCGGACGAGGACGAGGACAUGCGGGACAACGUCAUCAAAUACAACGACGAGGGCGGCGGCGAGCAGGACACCGAGGCCUACGACAUGUCGGCGCUGCGGAGCCUCUACGACUUCGGCGGCGAGCUCAAGGGCGGCGACGGGGGCGGGGGCCCGGCGGGCGGGGGCCCGGGCGGCGGCGGGGGCGCGGGCAGCCCCCCGCAGGCCCGCCUGCCCUCGGAGCACCACUCGCUCCCGCAGGGGCCGCCCAGCCCCGAGCCGGACUUCUCGGUGUUCAGGGACUUCAUCAGCCGCAAGGUGGCGCUGGCGGACGGGGACCUGUCGGUGCCGCCCUACGACGCCUUCCAGACCUACGCCUUCGAGGGCGCGGACUCGCCGGCCGCCUCGCUCAGCUCGCUGCACAGCGGCUCGUCGGGCUCCGAGCAGGACUUCGCCUAUCUCAGCAGCUGGGGCCCGCGCUUCCGGCCCCUGGCCGCGCUCUACGCCGGCCACCGCGCGGACGACGAGGCCCAGCCCUCCUAG